GAGGGCGGCAUCUCGCCAACUACCUGGCAACCUACACGGCUGUACUGGACCUCCUCUAAAGACUGAAGAUUCCUGUUGAUAUCCUGACAUGAAGCUCAAUUUACUUGGUACCACCGUGAUUCUGCUAGUUGCCUUCUUACCGCGCUACGAAUGUCGGGCUAUUGAGAGCCCUGGCGGUGCUCUGCGCGUCCCAGCUCCCCAAACCCAAAACUCCCAGCAGCAGCAGCAGCAGCAGCAGCAGUCUGGUCCCAUCCUGGAGCGGCUCGGAGAGGAGUAUUUCAUCCGACUGGGCAACGGGGACUCUAACUCUUUCCCAUCAUCGUCCAUGUAUCCCGGCGGAUCACCUGCCAUCUACAACAGAGCCUUGCAACUCCAGCUGACGCGGCGUCUUUUACAAGGGAAAGUUGGGAACAUCAGGGCGCUUAUCAGCGGCUUCGGAGACCGCGGGGACGAGUCGAUGGAGAGGGGAAGGAGGUCCGAGGAUCCGCCGAUAUCCCUGGAUCUGACCUUCCACCUGCUUCGGGAGAUGAUGGAGAUGUCCAGGGCGGAACAGCUGGCCCAGCAGGCGCAAAAUAACAGAAGAAUGAUGGAGCUCUUCGGGAAAUGAAGACCUCUUUCCAGUCCGCCAAAGAUCUCCUUUCCCUUUCUUUACUUUCUUUCUUUUUCUUUUUCUUUUCUUUCUUUCUUUCUUUUUGCAUUUUUACCAUCAGCACAAAACAUGCUCUGUACAAUAUAGUGCUGCUGUAUCACUCUAUUAUUUAUAGCUUUAACCUCAAACUAUGGAGCAUAAACGGGCUUGACUUAUAAUGAUCCGAUUGUACCCUGCCAUUUUAAUGUUGGUGUCAAAUCUGUGGAAUUACACGUUCUUCACAUUUGAGAUGACAUAUUUCUGUUUAAGACAUGAAAUACUGCAUUGACAAAAUUGGCAUUCUGUUUUGGAUUAUGGAUCACUGUAUUUAUGAUAUUUAUGUUUGUUA